CAGGCGGGGAGGCGCGCGGCCCGGCGAGCGGCGGGGAGGUUUGCAGGACGCGCGGCCUGGUUCUGUCACAGCGCAUCUAGCUUGUCUCCGCCAGCCCCGAGCUGCCGCCGACCGCGACCGGGGCGCGCGAGGGGACGGUCCCGGCGGCCCCCGGCGGAAGGCAGCGCACGUGGGCGACGCCAGCCCCGCGUUCUUUUGUUGCCAGCCGGCCGCGGGACUCCCAUCACCGCCUCGCCCAAGCCCCAAGGGUGUGGUGAGGGAAGCCGCUGGGGAGUCGGGCCUCGCGAGCCGUCCUCGUCGGCCGCACUCCGGGUCUCCGGCCACCGCAGACCUGGGUGGGACCCAGCCUUUCGCUUCAGCGGCUGCGAAGCUUUGGGGGGGGGGUGGGGGCAUCCUUGGCACCCCCUUCCCAGUGCAGCCCGGUGUGGGGGGAGGAGAUCCCUACUUGGAAACGUGGAGGAGAUUGGAAAGCGAUCGGAGCGGGGAGGCAGGCUCAUCCGGGCUUGAACAGUUCUGCAGCUGUUCCUUUACGUGCUUGCAACCCCGGCCGUUCUCCCCGUUGAGUCGGACCUCCGAGUUGGAUCCAGCGCCUGCCGCCCAGGAUUUGUCCGGGACCCAUUUUGUCCUCCUCGGCCCGAGCUUGGGCCUGCAUUUCCAGCGAGCCAGGCCCGGCUGAAGCUCGGAGAGACUCCCCUCGGCCUGGCUGCUCGUCAAAAACGCCCGUCUGGGCCGGAGAGCCGAGAAAGCCUGGAGAUCGUGCAGCCCCGGCGGCCUGCAGAGCGCUGGCCUGCCGCGCCCAGCAGCGCGCCUCCCUCCCCACAGCUGCGCGGCCGCUCUCCUGCUUUUUCUGUUCGGCUACUUUUAAUUUUUACCCUUGCUGAAGGUGGGGGGAAAGGGGAGGACUCUUACUGUUACGGGACUUUUCAUUUUAAGGCCUGUAACUGAUAAAGGAUGAAUGCGAAUUCUCCUUGGGGCUGGGUCUCUUGAUCUGCGUAUCUUUCCCCCUCUAGGUUCUUGGUUUUGCAAGAGGCGGGUUACUGUAGACGUUUUGCCUGCUGCAGGAGAAUAUGCCUCCUGUGACUUUUAGUACACAGAGCCGUGAUGUCCUUCUAGCAGGACCCUGCUCGGGCACAGGGCGCCAGGCACACCAUGGCCGACGCAGACGAGGGCUUUGGCCUGGCACACACUCCCCUGGAACCUGAUUCGAAAGAUCUACCCUGCGACUCCAAGCCCGAGAGCACGCUAGGGGCCCCCAACAAGUCUCCGUCAUCCCCGCAGGCCGCCUUCACCCAGCAGGGCAUGGAAGGGAUCAAGGUGUUUCUCCACGAACGAGAACUGUGGCUGAAAUUUCACGAAGUCGGCACAGAAAUGAUCAUAACCAAGGCCGGAAGGCGGAUGUUUCCCAGUUACAAAGUGAAGGUGACGGGCCUUAACCCCAAAACGAAAUACAUCCUCCUCAUGGACAUCGUUCCCGCGGAUGACCACAGAUACAAGUUCGCAGACAAUAAAUGGUCUGUGACGGGCAAAGCAGAGCCCGCUAUGCCGGGCCGCCUUUACGUGCACCCAGACUCGCCGGCCACUGGGGCACACUGGAUGCGGCAGCUGGUCUCCUUCCAGAAACUCAAGCUCACUAACAACCACCUGGACCCAUUCGGGCACAUUAUUCUAAAUUCCAUGCACAAAUACCAGCCCAGAUUACACAUCGUGAAAGCAGAUGAAAAUAAUGGAUUUGGCUCAAAAAAUACUGCGUUCUGCACCCACGUCUUUCCUGAGACCGCCUUUAUUGCGGUGACUUCCUACCAGAACCACAAGAUCACCCAAUUAAAGAUUGAGAAUAAUCCCUUCGCCAAAGGAUUCCGGGGCAGUGACGACAUGGACCUACACAGAAUGUCAAGAAUGCAAAGGUAAGAACCUGGAAGUCUGGGCUCCU